UAUUCUUUACUACUCUUUCCUUUCAAAGCCCCAUUAAAAAAAUGUCAAGUCUUUUCUUCACAUUUAUCCUUCUUCUUCUGACACCACUACUUGUAAGUUCAAUACAAGAUCCAGAACUUGUCGUACAAGACGUUCAUAGGAGCAUCAAUGCGUCAUUGACGAGGAGGAAUUUAGGCUAUUUAUCGUGCGGAACAGGGAAUCCUAUUGAUGAUUGCUGGCGAUGCGACUCCAAUUGGGAGAACAAUCGCCAGCGAUUAGCUGAUUGCGCCAUUGGCUUUGGAAAAAAUGCUAUUGGAGGGAAAAAUGGGCGAAUUUACGUGGUCACCGACUCCGGGGACGAUGACCCCGUGAAUCCCAAACCCGGAACCCUUAGACAUGCCGUUAUACAAGACGAGCCUUUAUGGAUCAUUUUCAAAAGGGACAUGGUCAUUCAGCUCAAACAAGAGCUCGUCAUGAACUCUUACAAGACCAUAGAUGGUCGUGGCACUAGUGUUCACAUUUCAGGUGGUCCGUGCAUUACAAUCCAUCAGGCCAAUAACAUUAUAAUACACGGGAUUAAUAUACACGAUUGUAAACAGAGUGGUAACGGUAACAUUAGGGACUCACCACACCACUCCGGAUGGUGGGAUGUUUCUGACGGAGACGGUAUUUCAAUUUUCGGAGGGAAGAAUAUUUGGGUGGACCAUUGUUCUUUGUCUAAUUGCCACGAUGGUUUAAUUGAUGCAAUUCACGGAUCUACAGCAAUCACGAUUUCCAACAACUAUUUUACUCAUCAUGAUAAGGUCAUGUUAUUGGGACACAGCGAUUCUUAUACACAAGACCAAGGCAUGCAAGUCACAGUUGCUUUUAAUCAUUUUGGUGAAGGGUUGGUGCAAAGGAUGCCAAGGUGUAGACAUGGUUAUUUCCAUGUGGUGAAUAAUGACUAUACUCACUGGGAAAUGUAUGCCAUUGGUGGUAGUGCUGCACCUACUAUUAAUAGCCAAGGCAACAGGUUUCUUGCUCCCAAUGAAAAAUACCGCAAAGAGGUGACAAAACAUGAGGAUGCACCAGAAAGUCAGUGGAAAAGCUGGAACUGGAGGUCAGAAGGUGAUUUGAUGUUAAAUGGAGCCUAUUUCAGGCAAACAGGGGCAGGUGCAUCAUCAUCUACUUAUGCCAGAGCUUCAAGCUUAAGCGCUAGGCCAUCUAGUUUGGUUGGAACAAUGACCACAAAUGCCGGUCCUAUAAGCUGCAAAAAAGGCUCCCGCUGCUAGUAAAUUUAAAUCUAGUGGCCGAGCGAGUGAGAGCGCGCGGCCACUACAUUUAUUUUACAAGGGAGAAUUACGAUUUCUAGAUGACGAUAGUGAAAGAAGUAGUGUUUUAAUUAAGCUGAAAAUGGUACGGAGUUUCAAAGUAUAUGGAGUAUCAUUUAGCAAAACUUAUAUUUCGUCGUUUUCUUAUCUGAAGUUUUCGAGGACAAACUAUUACUGCUAAUUAUUGUCCUUUGUAAGUUUGUUCCUUGAAAUAGUGACUAUCUUGGUUUGUUCCUAAUGUUUUACUACUUUCGUCUA